CGCCUCUAUAGUCUUGCCAAGCGCCCAAGUCCUGUGUUUGCCGCGUGCCCAUGGUGGAGAAGGAGCUCACGGGCACGGCCAUGGCGGAGAGAGGGAGGAAGCCGGGGCUCAUCACGAAGACGCUGGGCCGGUGCCGCAGCGGCGCGCGGAGGAGCAGGCCGGCGCCGGAGGGGUGCUUCACGGUGUGCGUCGGCGCGGGGCGGCAGCGCUUCGUGGUGCGGACGGAGUGCGUGAACCACCCGCUGUUCCGGGCGCUGCUGGAGGAGGCCGAGGAGGCGUUCGGGUACGCGGCGGCCGGCCCGCUCGCGCUGCCGUGCGACGCCGACGCCUUCGUGCGGGUGCUGGAGCAGAUCGAGGACGCUGGCCGGGCCGCGGCCGUGGCGAGGUGCGGCCUUGUCCGGGGCCACUCCGCGUACCGACUGCUCGUCCCCGCACGCCCUCUCCUCGUCGGCCGGUCAUAGCCCGGGAGAUCAGGUGACGACGGUGCUCUUGAUCUCACCCCGAUUUGCACCUCCAAGAUUAGUCGUGUGUGUCUACUGAAUAGUGAAUACUCGUGUGUGCAAACCAUGUAUACACCACCACAGCUGGUUGGUGCACCGUAGUAAUGGAUGAGUUCUUUUUGUCGAGCACUUGAGCAUAUAUUUUUAUUGUCAGACAGACAGAAUGUCAUUGUGCUUUAGGAGUGUAUGUAUAUUUGCCCUCACAGGUCACCGCUCACAUGAUGUAAUUACAGUUUUCCCUUUUCUAGGAUCAAGAAUAUAGCUCCUAUAAUCAGUUAUUACUGAUAAUUUCGUUUGGACG